AUGACGCUUGACGCCCACUCCGAACAGAUCUUUCGAAAGAAAUAUGCGGACAGUCAGGGCCGGAUGGUAGAAUUAUAUCAGCCAAACUGGAUCGAGCGCAAGAUUUUGGUCGAGAUAGGGAGUACCUACCAGCAUAUUGUUCAACGAACCGCCAGUGACUACAUAUUUUUCUAUGGCCUCAGCUUUUGGGAGACAUCCAAUACUGAGUAUACCUUCAUACCGGAACAGGAGACUUGUGCUAUAGAUACAAAGACUCUCACAGCUCUUUCCUCAGCUUUGAGUAACAGGAAGAAAGCCGAGUUGAAAAUAAUCGAGCUGAAAGAACGGGUUGUGACAGUUAAUGAGUGUAUAGAUGUCGGUGCAGAUGGAAUGAACUCGAAAAUAAUUGAGGUGGAGGUAAACGCCGCCGAUAAAUGUAGAACGAGGGACUGUCCAUCAAAAGCUAGAUCCGUUGACUGGGUCCGGGCAAACAAUUCGGAUAAACAGAGAAAGCACAAUCACCCCAGACUCGCAAGGAGCGAGAUGAAUCGCUUACAACUAACAGCUGAGCCUGACGAGGAUGCAGUUGAUGACAAGAGAAAUACGCAGCAGUUUUUCUCUGGUAUGUAA